AUGAAACCCUUCGCCGCCCUCCUCGACGCCCUUGUUCUCACGCCAUCGCGCAACGCCAAGCUCCGGCUGAUCGUCGAUUACAUAGCCGCGACCCCCGAUCCCGAUCGCGGCUAUGCGAUCGCCGCCAUCACCCGCGAUCUCGACAUUCCCUCGGUCAAGCCGGCGAUGAUCCGCGCGCUGGUCGAGGCGCGGGUCGAUCCGGUCCUGUUCGGCUAUUCCUACGAUUUCGUCGGCGACCUGGCCGAGACGGUGUCCCUGAUCUGGCCGGCUGAGGAAGAGCGCCCGUCACCCUCCCCCUUGAGGGGAGGGUCGAUGCGCAGCGUCGGGGUGGGGGUAAGCGAUGGUGAAGAACCCCCACCCGGUUCGGCUCACUUGCGCGAUCCUCACCGACCUCCCCUCAAGGGGGAGGUGAAGAAUGCGGACCUCCCCCUCGCCACCAUCGUCGAAACCCUCCAAAUCUCCUCCCGCUCGGACGGGCCGCGGCUGGUCGAGCGCUGGCUCGACGCGCUCGAUCCGCCCGGCCGUUACGCGCUGUUGAAGCUGAUCACCGGCGGCAUGCGCAUCGGCGUUUCGUCGAGGCUGGUCAAGCAGGCGCUGGCCGAUUUCGGCGGUAAGGACGUCACCGAGAUCGAGGAACUCUGGCACGGGCUCGCCAUCCCCUAUACGAACCUGUUCGCAUGGCUCGACGGCACCGGACCCAAGCCCGAAAGCGCCGCCGCCGCGCCGUUCCGGCCCGUCAUGUUGGCCAACCCGGCCGAUACCGAAGACCUCGCCCGCUACGAUCCGGCCGACUAUUGCGCCGAAUGGAAAUGGGACGGCAUCCGCGUGCAGGCGACCGCCGAAAAGGGCGUCGCGCGCAUCUAUUCGCGCACCGGCGACGACAUUUCCCGCUCUUUUCCCGAUCUUCUUGCCGCGAUGGAUUUCGAAGGCUCGAUCGACGGCGAACUGCUAGUCGGCCAUUUCGAGGAUGGCGCGAUCCGCCCCGGCACGUUCGGCGAUCUCCAGCAGCGCCUCAACCGAAAGACCGUCUCGGCCAAACAGCAGGCGAAAUUCCCGGCCUUCGUGCGCGCUUACGAUCUUCUGCAGGAGGGCGGGGACGAUUUGCGGCCGCUGCCGUUCGAGACCCGCCGCGCCCGGCUUGAAGCCUUUGUCGCUACGUUGCCGGCCGACCGGUUCGACCUGUCGCCGCUCGUGCCGUUCAAGAUCUGGGAGGAGGUCGCGGCAAAGCGCAACGCGCCGCCGGCCCCGAUCAUCGAGGGAUUGAUGCUCAAGCGCCGGGACAGCAUCUACGUCCCUGGCCGGCCCAAGGGGCCAUGGUUCAAGUUCAAGCGCGAUCCGUUCCUGAUCGAUGCGGUGCUGAUGUAUGCGCAGCGCGGCCACGGCAAGCGGUCGAGCUUUUAUUCCGACUAUACGUUCGGCGUCUGGACCGGCGAAGCCGACGACCCCGCGCUCGUGCCGGUCGGCAAGGCCUAUUUCGGCUUCACCGACGAGGAACUCAAACAGAUCGACAAGUUCGUGCGCGACAACACGGUUGAGCGUUUCGGCCCGGUGCGGUCGGUGCGCGCCGAGCCCGAUCACGGGCUGGUGCUGGAAGUCGCAUUCGAGGGAUUGAACCGCUCGACACGCCACAAAUCCGGCGUCGCCAUGCGCUUUCCGCGCAUCUCGCGCCUCAGAUGGGACAAGCCGCCCUUCGAGGCCGACCGGCUCGAAACGCUUGAAGCGAUGCUCGACUGA